UCUUCAUCUUCUUCUCGACUCUGAUAGAAAGAGAUUUUCUGAAGAAAAAUUCCCAAAUCAUGGCGACGAAAUUCAGGGUUCAGAUUCCGACCUCAUUAUCCAUCCUCAUCUGUUGGUUCUUGUGCUUAGCUUCGAUUUCAGUUGCUUAUAGACCUGGAGACGUAGUUCCUAUGAGCAAAAUGGGUCAAUAUCAUUCCCAAAGAACUGUUUGGCAUGAUAUGAUUGGUCGUCAAUGUCCUAUAUUCGGCGUAAAUCGUGAGGUUUUGGUACCUUUAGCUAAACCAACUGGGUAUACUGGAGCUGAUCCUUACAAAAUAUCAUUUCAAGUUGGCAAAGAGAAGUUUCUUAUUCCUUGGCUUCUUGUAAUAAAUCGGAAGGGGCCUGAAGUCCCUAUGAUUGACGUCAACUUGAGGUAUUCAGGAAAUGAUUUACAUGGUGUCACGGCUAAAGUUGUAGACAUGCCUCAUCAUUAUGUUGAAGUUCAUCCCAACAUACGUAAUCAGUUUUGGAGUCCAGAGCACUGGCCAAAACAUGUUCUUGUUAGAUACACAUGGGAGGAGCACUCGGAGAUAGAUGUUCCAGCUGGUUUUUAUGUAUUGUUUGGAUCAGGGCUUGCGAUGUCAUUUAUCCUUGCAAUAUAUGUGUUGCAGUCCUCUCAGGACAAACUAGCAAGGUUUGUGAGGGAGACUGUUACUGAAGGCAGCAUGCCUGGUGGUGGAGUGGCCAAGGUCGAAUAGACAAGAUGGGGUGAAUAGAGAAAUAGGAUUCAUAGUCUACUGUCUGUUCUUGUUAUUGGGAGAAGGUAGAGAGUGGGGUUUGAAUUUGGUUCCAUAAUUUUGUGACAUUAAAAAAAAAAAUGUAUCAAAAAUUAAACGAGGAAUUAAGCAAGGAAUUACUCUGUUUUCAUCUUUGUUGAUCUA